UAUUAUUGUUUCUUAUUUUGUUUCAGAUGUAUAAAUCUUUUUAUUAAUGAUGACUUUACGAUGUUUAAUGGAAUUGUUGUCUGAUGAUUAAAGAAAAUAGUUUUUAUAAUGAUUUUGAAGGUUGCCCAUUGCUUGUGCUUGGAAACCGCCAUAUCGGUUGAAGAUUUAUGUUAUUUUGUAUUAUUUAGUUUGUUGUUUUGGGCGAAAAUGUGUAUGAAUUUUCAUGCACACUGCUUGUGCGUAUUGAAUCUUGAGUCAGAGGGCAUGAUGUCUCGCUUGAAAUAGAUGUGAGGAGAGCUGAAGUGGUCAUGGAGGUGGAAACGGGGUCUGCCAUGCCACUGCCAGCGGGAGGCCAGAACGACCUGGCACGCUUGGAGAACAGCGGCGGGGGCUCAGCAGAGAACAUCCCCAGGAUCGAGGCUGUGGAUGCGGAGGAGGAGAUGCUGAGCGACAAACCGGGGGAUGCCAGCAGGGUUGCUACUCCUUCUGAGGAGUUGGAGAGGGACUUGCUGGGGGAAACAGACAGUAUUACGAUGGGGAAUGAAGUGGAGGCGGAUGCCAAAGACGAAAGUGAUUCUCACAUCGGACCGCCCCGAGACUCCCCCGCAGGUAAAGAGUUAGAAGGGGGAGCAGGGACUCAUAAUAGUGCAGUUGGGUCGUCAGAUACUGCCGUUAGCAUCGUAGCGAAAUCUGCGUGUUCUGAGGUGUCGAGUGCCGAUACUGUGCAGGAUGUAGAAUCCCGAGAGGAAACAAAAAGUGUUCAGUUAGACUCUUCAGACGUUGGUGAGGCAGGCGACGAUGCCUCAUUGAACAGAGAAGAAAGCCAUAGUGGGGUGGAUGAAAAACUUGACUCUUCUUCAGAAAUUGAGGGGGGAACAGCAGAUGUUAUUUCGGGUGGGGCAAGUAGGGAUUUGUGUGAUAGCAUAGAAAGAAAUGAUGAUGUUCCUCUUCAAGCCUCUAGUGCAAGUGGCGGGCAGGUAGGGGAAUCCAUACGAGACUGUGAAGAUGAUCAGAUCAGUAGAUCUGAAGAUAGUUUAAAUGAACUUGAUAAUUUAAAAGGUAAGUCUAGUGAUAGUUCAACAGUAAACGUUGCAGGAUCAGAAGACAAACUGGAAGACAUCUCAGUUUCUGCGACAGAUGACAAGGAAGAGAGCGGCUCUGCAUCACUGGCGGUGGAGGAGGGACAGCAAGCUGGUGCUACAGAAACAAGUGCGAGGGAAGAAGAGACUACGAAGGAGAAAGAUGAAGGUGAGUCUGGUGCACUUGAAGAUGUAGAAAUGGCUCCAAAUAUUGAAGAAUCAUUGGAUACAAUGGAAUGUGAUGAUGAAGACCCAUUUGCUGCCGGUGAGAAGGCUGGAGAUCAUGAGGAUAUGGAAACAAGUGAGACUGAAAAAGAAUGUGAUGGUGAAAAAGAAGUUAAUCCUGGAGUACAAGAAGAAGCUCGGGGAGUAAUAGAAGACAAAGAUAAAGAAACUAGUGUAGAAAUAGAAUCAGGUGAAGCAACAGAGGCUGUAGGAACUGAGAAAUCAGUGGAAAUUGAAGAUGUAGAUCAAGUAGAAGCUGUUUCACAAGAGCAAAAUAAAGUUGUAACAGAAGCUGUUUCACAAGAGCAAAAUAAAGUUGUAAAAGGGAUUGAAGAUAAAGCAGAAGAACAGACCAGUUCUCAGGUAGCAAACACUGCACCAAAUAGUAAAGAGAGCAGCGAUGCUUCGGUUGACAUUACCGUAGAAACUGCUACCAAAGAAAAUAAGAAAAGAUCUGCUAUUGGGCAGAACAGUGUCCAUCCGGAAAAGUUUGCGAAGGCUUCGACAGAUUCUAACGCUGAGAGAAUAGAAGUGGAAGUGAGUCCUUCUCUGAUAAGUUCUGACGUCGCUACUGUGAACUCUGAGUCAAGCAAAGAUGAUGAGGAAAUCUGCAUUAUUCCUGAUGAUGUACCGAGAGUGAUGCCGACAAUGAUGGUACGCAUGCUCUCUCCUUCAGUCGUCACCAUGAAUCGGAAAACUAGCGUGGUGACCAAAGUGAGACUGGACACAUCAAGGGCCACAGAUAAAACUAAUCAUGUUGGUGGUCGGUCCAGUGAGCCGAGACGCUUUCCAUCAAGACCACAGAGACAAGCAGCCAAGAAAGCAGAGUCUCAAAUUAAGGAGCUAGCUCAAGAAGAAUCUAACUCAAAUGAAGCAUUUACAGAACUGGAAGAUACAGACGUUAUGGAAAAUGUAGAUGAAGCACCUCAGAUGUGUUUAAAUUGCAGUCGGAUUCGGUCAUGCAAGUACCGAGUGCAUGUUUCUGGGAAAUUGAAGUACCUUUGCCAAGACUCUUGCUCUAGUGCGUUCAAGAAGUCGAGGAAACCCACCGCGCCAGCGGAACCAGUGAGCGGUCGUAGCUUAGUGCGCAAGUGUGGUCAGUGCUGCAUUCUCGUCACACCGCAGAACGAGAAGACUCUGUCGUGGGAAACAAUGGAUUUUUGUAAUGAGGAAUGUUUAGAAAAGUAUCAGAAGCAGUUGGGCUCUCACUGUGCGAACUGCAAAGGGCCGGUACAGCAGACCAGCCUGGGCAAGUACUGUGUGCGCUUCGGCUACGACAUCAAGCAGUUCUGCUGCAGCUCGUGCCUUGAAGAGUUCAAGAAAGGGCUUAAGGUGUGCAGCUAUUGCCAGAAGGACAUCUCCAGAGGCGCGGAAGGCUUCCUCGCACCUGUCGGGGAAAAGGGACAGUUUAAGGACUUCUGCACUCAGGGAUGCAUGCUGAAGUACAACCAGAUGAGCAACAACCAGGCCCUACCGGCGGUGAAGGCUGGCUGUGCCGUCUGCAAGGACGAGAAGAUCGUGAAGAUAGAGGUGCUGCAGGGGUCCAAGACGAACAUGCUGUGUAGCGAGCCGUGCUUUGCCGCGUACAAGUUUGUCAACAGCCUGAGUGCAGAUCAAUGCGACAUGUGCAAGAAGUACUUUGACAAGAGAGAGAUUGACAAUUUCUCAGUAUUUUACGAUGAUGCACCUCAUAACUUCUGCUGCAAGACGUGUAUGAAUGUUUAUAUCCUAGCAAACCGCAAAAUUGUUCCCUGCACGUGGUGCAAGGUGAAGAAGUAUAACUUUGAUAUGAUAAAACGUGUGACAUCUGCUGGACAGUGUCUCAUGAUGUGCUCGCUGAGUUGCUUGAAGUUGUAUUCUGUCUCGAUGAGUGCUGUUUCGAACAAGAAGGUGAAGUGCGAUAUGUGCAGCACCGUGGCCCCUGCACAGUACCACUUGACGAUGUCGGACCUGUCCAUUCGCAACUUCUGCAACUACAGCUGUGUGAUGCAGUUCCAAGGAAAAGCUGGGGGCAGUACGUCUUUGCCAGUCAUAUCUGCGGUUAAGUCUCUGGCUACAACGAAUGGAAAACCCUCGCCAUUACCCAAUAGUGGGGUCAACGCCACUAGGUCUCCCUCGCUCAUGAAGGCCAACAACAGCGCGGUGCCGGCGGCGCCCGCUCAGGCCCAGCAGAAGGGCACGCAGCCGGCGCCCAGUCCCAUCGGCUCCGUGGUGAAGCAGCAGGUCAUAGUGAAGCCGCCCGCGCCCAAGCAGAUGCGCAACAAGGGGCUCAGCUGCAAGCCCUACACGCACACCAAGGGCGUCGGCUGUCGGCCGCACCCCCUCAGCAAGGAGACCCAGACAGAUGACAGCAUAGGCAAGCCCAUCCUGAUUCCAGUGCCAGUGCCGAUCUAUGUUCCUGCCCCGAUGCACAUGUACAGCAAUCCGUUCCCUGUUCCUGUGCCGUUCCCGUUGCCAGUGCCUGUCCCCAUUUUUAUUCCCACCACCAGGAAUUCCAUGCCGGGCAUCAUGAAGGAGAUAAAGAGAAUACAGGAGAAGAUCCCCACAGACCCCUUCGAGGCAGAGCUCCUCAUGAUGGCCGAGAUGGUCGCUGGGGAGAAGAAGCCGGAGCUGUCGGACUCGGAGAGUGACGACGGCGGUAACGACGCCGGCGACACCAGCGAAGUAGCGGGUGGGGAGGGCGCGGCCUCGGCGACGGAGGGCGGCUUCAGCCCCGAGGCGCCCGACACCAGCAACACCUUCGGCGAGGACAUGCUGCAGAUGGCCCUGAAGAUGGCGUCGGAGCUGGAGGAGCCGGCCGUGGACCUGGAGGCCGCCCUCACGCCGUCCACCAUCUCCGCCCCGGCCAACCCCGCAGCCGACCACAACGACGAGUCGGAGGACGACCCGGAGCCCGCCCAGAGCCUGCCGGAGCAGCGGCCGCCCUCCGCGCGGGGCAGGAAGAGGUCCGUGAGGUCGGCGGGGCGGAGCGGGGGCGGGGGCACUCCGGCCAAGCGAGGCCGGCGCACCAGCUCCUCCGUGGACAUCCCGCUGCUGCCGCCGCCCGAGCCCUCGCAGCCGGCCCGCAUCGAGCAGGAGAAGCCCGACGCCAACAUGUGCCUCAAGUACACGUUUGGUGUGAAUGCGUGGAGGCAUUGGGUCCAAACAAAGAAUGCUGAGCUGGAGAAAGCUGCGACAAAUAAUCGGAAGCUAAAGUUGUUCAAACCAGAGAUACUCCAGUUAACUGCUGACGAGCUUAAUUAUUCCCUCUGCCUGUUUGUGAAGGAAGUGAGGAAACCUAGUGGUCAAGAAUAUGCUCCUGACACAAUAUAUUACCUCUGUUUGGGUAUUCAGCAGUACUUGUUUGAGAAUGGAAGGAUAGACAACAUCUUCACAGAUAGCUACUAUGAGAAAUUCACAGAGUGCUUGGAUGAGGUUGCAAGGAAAUUCACUGCACUUUACAAUGAUUCACAGUUCAUUGUGACCAGAGUGGAGGAGGAACACUUGUGGGAGAGCAAGCAGUUGGGUGCUCACUCCCCCCACGUGCUGCUGAGCACACUGCUCUUCUUCAACACCAAGCACUUCAACCUGACGACUGUGGAUGAGCAUAUGCAGCUAUCAUUUUCGCACAUAAUGAAGCACUGGAAGAGAAAUCCGAACCAGCCAAACGUGAACAAAGUAGCAGGAAGCGCGCGCAAUGUUCUGCUGAGGUUCUACCCACCCCAGUCAGCCCUGGAUGGCAACUCAAAAAAGAAGAAACUGUAUGAGCAGCUUGAGAAUGAGGAAAACCCACUGCGAUGUCCAGUGAAGCUUUACGAGUUUUAUCUCUCAAAAUGCCCCGAGAGCGUGAAGACGCGGAACGACGUGUUCUACCUGCAGCCGGAGCGGUCGUGUGUGCCGGACAGCCCCGUGUGGUACUCGACCAUGGCGCUGGGUCGCGAGCCGCUGCUCAAGAUGCUGCACCGGGUCAAGAUGGUGAAGGAGAUCAACAUGGCGCUGCUCUCCAGCUAGGUGUCCUUCUCCUGCAGCUCGUCCCGACCCGUCACGUCGCGGAGUGGUGGUGAACGGUACCGAAGACUGUCAAGCGUGACUGUCUGCUGAAGGUUCAACACCGGCAAUGAACUUCUAAACGUGUUUGCGAACGAAAUUUUGUAAUAAAUGUGUUAUAUUUUUCUCGUUUUAUUUUCCCGUGAUUUUUUUUUUCCUUCUAAUCUUUUUUAAGUGUUCAGAGAUAUUUGUUCAGGUUCAGAACCACAGAACCAUGCGUUGUCACUGUGUGUAGCAUUUUGCAUUUACGUACCUCCUUUUUUUAGAAUGCAGCGAACCUGAAUUAAAUUCUUGUAAAAUAAGACUUCUCGUAGUGAAAUCUUAGAAUGCCUGAGUUUGUUAUUUUUUUUUGUUGAUAAUUGGAGCAAGAUGAACUUUUAUGCCGAUAUUUUUUUAUCCAUUUGUUUACCAUUGUUGUAUAUAUAUGUGUGUAAAAUGAUUCUCUCAUUUCGAAAUGUGUGACUGCUGUAUUCCUAUUAACAUACCGUUUGAGGGAGUGAGAAUUAUGUUACUUCUGAUUUUUGUUGAAACACCAGUGAAUAGUUAGCAUUACUGUAAGGAAAAUUUAAGAUAUCCACUUCUGGCAUGGAUUUGAUGCACGAGCCUUGUGCAGUAACAUUUUUUUGUAAAUUUACAAUGAAUGGUAGAAUUGUUAUUACUAAAAUGGUGUAAUGUGACUGAAAAGGUCUGUAUUAAGAUUAGAUCUAAAAUCCCAAAUGUGAAUCUGUAUUUUGGUUUCUUUACAUCAAAAAUGAAUAACAGGAAUUUUUUUUUAUAUGUGUUUGUUUUUUUGUAAUUUUUCUUAUUGACUCGCCAUUCUGAUCAAGUAUCACUUAGUAUUUUAAAUACUACAGCUGCAGUUGCUAUAUACAGUGAAACCUCAUUAUAAAGUACCUCACUAUAAAGGAUUUAUCUCUUUAAAGUACGGUAUAUAUUUUCAAGUCCUAACAAGAUGUUUUACAUUAAACAACAGGUUAUAUUAAGUACUUCCAUUAUUUACUAUUAAAAAGGAGGGUUUUUACAGGUACAUUUUAAUGAGAUUUCUCUGUAGGUGGAAAAAUAUGUGGCGUUAAUAAAGGCAUGUGUGGGUUGUUUCUAUGAUAAAUACCGUAUUUACUCGCGUACAGGCCCCCCUUUUUUCACCCAAAUUUUGACUCCAAAAAAGGUGAGGGGGCCUAUACGCGAAUUUGGAGGAAAAAAUUGAUUUUUCUUUUCAAGUUGUGCGUCUUUGUUCGAAUGAGGAAGGCGGGGGAGGCAGCGACGCGGCAGGAGGGUGAGAGAGGCAACGACUCUGCAGUGGGGAGAGGCAGCGCUUUGACAGGGGGGAGAGAGGCAGAGGCAGCGCUUAGCAGGAGGGGAGAGAGGCAGAGGCAGCGCUUAGCAGGAGGGGAGAGAGGCAGAGGCGUGGCUUAACCUCCUUCCUGCCAGCUAGCCAGCCAACCAGACAAAGGAGUGUUAGAAUCCUUGACCCACUUCCCUUCCUCCUUCACUUCCCCUCUUCUUCACCGACAACACUCCACAUCAAGACAUCAACACAGCGGCAGCGCGCGAGUCCAGCUUUCUUUAUCUUUAUGUCUUUUGAGAUAGGACUAACUGCUUACGUCUGGCACGCCUCACGAAGGUCCUACUGAGAACGGACAAACUAUAAUACCAGUCUCUGUAUCACUGCCGCUUACAAAAUCACCUCCCGCCGCUCACAAUACAUGGCUUGUUGUUUGAUGCAUGCCAAGCUGCCCUGCCCUCAGAUAAACCCAGAAAAACACGUUUUUAAAUUUUUUCUCAAAAAUGUUUACAAAACAAGGAGGGGGGCUUAUACGCGGGCGGGGCCUUUACGCGAGUAAAUACGGUACAUAUUGAUCAUUCAUAAACAGGUUGGCUAACUUGACUCAAUUUGAAAAUCAAGUUGGUAGUGUUCAAAAUAUAUGUACAUUACUGUGUUUAGUAUUAAGGAUGUACAUGUAAAUAAAACACGAAUUUUUUUUAAGAUAUAAAAUUUUACUUAAUAAAUUUUUUUAAUCACGUAAAUUAUAUUAAGUAGCAUUUAUGUUGUAAAUAAGUGAGACCUGGAGGUGCAUGCACUUGAGUAUUUCACGACGAUGUGAGUUCAGGUGUAAUUAUUUCGUGCUAUGUGGUCCUCGUGAGCCGUGAGACCUUUGAAUAUAUAUACUGUAUAGAAGUCGCGAGUGGAUAGGAUUUACUCUACGUUUUUCAGAAGCGUAUGAUGAGCAGCUUGGGAACUUCACCGCUGCAGUGCGCUGCCGUAACGCCCUGUAUCAUCUUAGUUGUUAUUUACACGUUAGAGCGCAGCGCUGUCGCCCGCUGUCAUUCCCCGCACCCCCCCACCCAUCAUUCACUGCAGCUCAAGGUUGUUCAGCGGGAGGGGGAAGGGGUGUUUGAAGAGUUCGACACUUGUCCGCUAGGGACCACCACAAGUCGAUGCCCUAGAGAUGGUGGCGAUUGCGGCGGUGAAUUAACCAACUACCUCAAACCGUAUUAGAAAUGUUAACCUGGGCUGGCGACUUCUAUACAGUAUAUAUAUUCAAAGGUGAGACUGGCAGGUUCUGGCGGAGGGAUCCACGGGGAUGGCAGCGCUCUGACUCGAGUGUAGUCGCGAGGCCUGCGCGGUAGACUCUGCCUUCCUGCAGUGUACGAGAGGGCAACACUGCCUCGUCACUUCGAGACAUUCAUUCCCUGCCAAGCGUUUGCUAGCAUUCUAGGUUGUUGCUUUUGGUGUUUCUGUGUUCAAGGGGCAACCAGGAUGGAUAACUGCCAUUUUAAAUGUAUAAACUUUUUUUUUUUUAUGAUACAUUUUAAAAAAUUUGGUAACCUAGAGUUUUAAUAACGCUAGUAAAGUUAACGUUUGACAUUAGAUAAGUGUAUUUCUUCCUCCCCGCUCCUUUUUUCCUUCUUGUCGUUGUUACACUGAAUCAUAAGCUUUAGUGACCAGAGUUGCUAACUACAGUAGAAUCCUGUUACAAGGUUUUUCAAGGGGGAAUAAGGAAUAAUAUUAUAAGCAGGUAAUAUCAAUUUAGCGCGUGUCAGUGUUUGAACGUUUUACCAAUUAACUCAUGAACUAUCAAAAAAAAAACAUUUUAUGUUUCUUGGCUGUAAAAAUCGUAACGAAUUUGAGAAUUUUGAAAUGCCAGGUAAAAUUAAUUAGUAUUUUCUGAAAGAAAUUCAAACCAUUUGUUUGAACUAGCCAGUGCCAUUGUAGUUAAACCUAAGAAGUUUCAGAUCUGCAAUAAAUUAAAUUAUUCUUAUUUGUACAACCCAAAAACAUUAAAAUUGUAACUUUGGCACAUGAUUAUGCAAAAAGUAUGCACUGAAUAUAUAUUUUCAAUUUCGUGAAAGUUAAUCAAUUGUAAAAGUCUACAAGUUUAUCUGUAAUUACUGUACCUAAAUAUAAAAUCUUGACCUGACAUGGGUGGCACCCCCUUAAAGAUACACUGCCACAUUACUGUAAAACAAUUCACAAUUUGUGAUGAUGAUGAUAUAAAUUAAAAUCUUUUAGCAGCAAUAGAAAACUCUUUGCUUUUUAUUGUUGUCAUUGCGAAAUAGUUGGCAAACUAAAAUUUUGUAGGACUACUUCUGUACAUUUGAAAACACAUUAGAAUGGCAAGAAAUGGAAGGAAUUGUAGUUUUUUUUUUUUCCCUUCAAGACAAGGGUGCCAACAGACACAUUACUGCGUAAGUUAUAUACCGUCGAUAUAUUGAAUACACAACGUUAGCUAACACUAACAUUUAACACUAGUGUUCUGGCACACUGCAAGUCACUAUGGCUCUUCAUUUUUGAUCAAAGAUGUUGUGCAUACGAUCGUAGCACUAUAAGCUUA